CUCGCGCUCUCCCCCCCCACCGCGCACGAACGGGACAACCUCCCCUCUGGCUUUCGCGUCGCUCCACCCCCCCGCUACAACUAGCCCACCGUGGCGAUCAGCCUCUCCAUGGAUUAUGGCCACCCCGCAGCGCAGCACGGGGUAGGAGACGCCGGCGGCGGCGUCCCUCCGGACAUCGCGGACGCGUCGUUCGGCGGCGCGAAGCACCCGCGCGACGGAUCAGGCGACAGCUCCGCAGACGACCUCCACGACCUGCACCCCGCCGACGUCGAUCUCGAGCACGACGAGCACGCAGGAGACGGUCCCGAGGGCGGUCUGACGCCGCUGAUGCAGCAGACGCUCAACGCGGACGGCACGCCGAAGCGGCCCAUGAACGCGUUCAUGAUCUUCGCCCGCAAGCGCCGCCCCGAGGUCUCGGCCGCGAACGUGUCCAUGCGCACGGGCGAGAUCAGCAAGAUCCUCAGCAAGGAGUGGAACGCGAUGAGCACCAUCGAGAAACAGUUCUACCAAGACCAAGCGAAGAAGCUCAAAGACGUGUUCAACAACCGCUACCCGGACUACGUCUACCGCCGCCGGCCGAACAACUCGCGCAAGAAGCGGCGCGCCUCGCUCGCGGGCGGCGGCACGGGCUCGCCCGUCGACGACCCCGCGGACGCGCACGCGCUCUCGCCCGACGGCGCGCCGCCGGACGACCUGCCGCUCACCGCCGACUCCAGCGCCGACUUUGACCCGCUCCUCGCCGCCGGCUUUCCC